AUGAGAAGUAGCCUUCUUGUGGCAUUUGGCCUUCUGGCCAUAGCUGCCUUCAGCUCCGCCAGGGAAAUCCGAGAAAAGAGGGCUGCUGACCUGGAAGCUGCCGCGUCGCAUGGUCAUCACUGGGAUAAGGGUGGCGGCCACGAGCACCAUGGACAUCACCACGACGAGCAUGGUGGCGGACACCAUAAGGGACACAAAGGUCAUCACGAGCACCACCACGGCAAACACGGCCAUAGCCACCACGAGGGACACAAGGGUCACCACGGAGAGCACGGCGGACAUAAGAAGCACCACCAUCAUGAUGAAGGCUACCAUGACCACCACCACCACGGAGAGAAGGGCGAGCACGGGCAUGGACACGACGAGCACGGCCACUGGCACAAGGGACACGACACCAAAGGACACCACGGCGUUGAGAAACAUGACGAGUUCAAGAAGGACAAGCACUUCCACGACCACCAUGGCGAGAAAGGCUUCCAUGAACACCACGGCGGCCACCACCACGAGGGCGGUUACAAGAAGGGCGGUCACUUCCACAAGGGCCACAAGCACGGUGGACAUCACGAGCACCACCACGGCAAAAAGGGCCACCACGAAGAGGGCGGCCACCACCACCACCACAAGGGACACCACGGCGAGGGCGGCCACCACGAGCACUGGCAUGGCCACCACGACCACGGCAAGAAAGGGGGCCACGAGCACCACAAGCACUGGGGACACAAGAAGGGCCACUAA